AUGUUUUUGUGGGUGUUUCACGGGCCGUUCGGUCGAGAAGACCGAUAUCAGCUUGAGGCGGUAGCAGCAGAGGUUGUGGUCGACCCUGGUGGAUUGGUAUUCGUUUCUCUCCCAAUUGAUCUGUCAUCCACUUCAUAUUUCGCCAUCGCUUCCACCUCCUGUUCCGCCACCAGAGCUCUGUCUCCAAGAUAUCCCACCUCAUUCAUCGUUAUUAUCCCCUUUCCUGGUGUAGCCGUUGGUGAACCGGGGUUACACCAUAAUAGCCACAUUAAGGUUGCUGAUCUCAAACAUACCUAA